AUGGAGUGCGCUUCUUACUCGGGGAUAGGCUUCCAUCGAAAAUUUGCAAACUGUAAAACCCCGGUACGAGUCUUACUCGAGCUGGUGUGCGUGGAGGAUGACGAGUUCACCUUCCACCGACACCCGGUGGCCCAGAGCACCGACUGCAUCCGCGGCAAGAAGGGCUACAGCAAGGGACUCCACGUGUGGCAGAUCAAGUGGCUGACGAGACAACGUGGCACCCACGCCGUCGUCGGCGUCGCCACGGCCGACGCCCCACUUCACUACGUCGGAUACACGAGCCUCGUGGGACGCGACGUCCACUCGUGGGGUUGGGAUUUGCGCCAAAACCGGCUUUUGCACGAUUGCCGGGAACCCCCGGGUGAUGCCCCGGUGUACCCCUCGUGCCUCGGCCCCGACACUACUUUCGUCGUUCCAGACACCUUCUUG